AUGGCAGUUUUUAGUUCUCUUGUUUUUCUUUCUGCAGUCACUCUUUUCCCCACAGUCCACGCUCUCAACGCUUGUCCUAGUGCCGAUACCGUCUUCACAGGCACGUCAGGCAUUCGCUAUCGCAUCUGUCCCAAUACCGACUUGACAGGCGGAUCCCAGGAAAUACUCCGCAAUGUCGCAUCUGUCACAGCAUGCGCGCAACGAUGCGAUACGGCUAUGAAUUGCUUUCAAGCGGUUUACGAUACACAGACCAAGGACUGUCACUUCAAGGCCUUCGCGGGCCUGAAUUGGGUGGACAAUGGUCGUUACGAUGUUAUUCAAGCUGAGCAGAUCAACAUUGCCAGAUGCCCGUACAAUGAAGCUACCUACACUAAUAAUGGCGUGAGUCCAUAUCACACCAUCGAGAUCAACAAUCCUGACAUUAUAUUGCAGAAAACUUUCAAAAUUUGUCGUGAUACCGACAUUCGUGGUCCAAGCAAGCAGAUGUUUAACGGCGUAACUGCACUCAAUGACUGUGCACAACGCUGCUCGACCAUUGAUACUUGCGUACAAGCUGUAUAUGAUGCAACUGGUCAGAUCUGCCAUAUUAAGGCAGACGCUCGCACAGCUACCGGGAUAUGGUCCACUGACAAGCGAUUCGAUGUCAUCCGUCUAUAUGUACCCCCAGCUCCAGCGGCAAAUGGCGCGUGGUCCGAUCUUAUUCGUCUCCCAGUCAUUCCAGUCGCCGCUUAUGUAGUACCUGAAAAUCCAACUGCGCAAAGACUUCUUGUAUUUUCUAGCUGGGGGGCUGACUCUUUUGGAGGAGAGGGUGGGCGAACACAAUUUGCUGAUUACAAUUUCAACUCUGGCGCAGUGUCCCCACGUACCGUUGCGGAUACAAAACACGACAUGUUCUGCCCCGCUAUCAGCUCCCUUCAAGAUGGUCGCAUCUUGAUUCAAGGCGGCUCGGACGCGGCUAAGACAAGCUUCUACGAUCCAAAGACGAAUGCCUUCUCGGCUGGGCCUGACAUGGAGAUGGCGCGUGGAUACCAGACUUCCGUCACCCUCUCAGACAACCGGAUCUUCACCAUUGGUGGUGCAUACUCGGGUCCACGCAGGAGUAAGGACGGCGAAGUUUACGACCCUGCCAGUAACAGGUGGACUGCGUUGCCUGAUGCGAAGGUUGCCCCCAUGCUUACGACUGACGCCGAGGGUAUUUGGCGUGAAGACAACCACGCAUGGCUGUUCGCCUGGAAGAAUGGAUCUGUCUUCCAGGCUGGACCAAGCAAAGCUAUGAACUGGUAUGGUACCUCUGGCCUGGGUACACAAACUGCUGCAGGUAUACGCGACCCCAUUGAUGAUGCCAUGUGCGGUACUUUCGUCAUGUAUGAGCCCGGCAAGAUCCUAUCCGCAGGAGGCUCUCCUGAUUAUACAAAUUCAGAUGCCAAUGCUCGCGCCCACAUCACCACCAUCAACAACCCUAACGCCCAAGCCACUGUUGAGCGUGUACCUGACAUGGCCUACCCUCGCGGCUUUGCCAACGCCGUAGUUCUCCCAGACAGUACUGUGCUCGUGACUGGUGGUCAACGCCGCUCCAUGGUCUUCACGGACGACGAUGGUGUCCUUUAUGCUGAGCUUUUCAACCCAACCACGAAAACAUGGAAGACACUUGCUCCUGAAGCUGUACCCCGCAACUAUCACUCGGUCAGCAUCCUUCUCUCAGACGGCCGUGUCUUUAGCGGGGGCGGUGGACUCUGUUACAUUGGCAGGGUUGGCGCCAGCUCUGUGAACUGCAAUAAAUUGGUCGACCAUGCCGAUGGCCAGAUCUUCUCGCCUCCUUACUUGUUCAAUCCAAAUGGUACACCAGCGACACGUCCUGUUAUCUCCACACUAUCUUCCACGACCGUCAAGGUCGGUGGACAAUUAAUCGUCGGGAUAGGGACAGGUGCGGAUGAUCUGAAGUUUGCACUUGUCCGCAUCGGCAGUGUCACACACUCUGUCAACAGCGAUCAGAGGCGUGUGCCGCUGACGCGCAUCAGCCGCAGUGAAGCACAGUACUAUGUCACUUUACCGAGUGACAGUGGCGUCCUUAUUCCAGGAGCGUACUAUCUUUUUGCCAUCAACGCACAGGGUGUACCGAGCAUCGCGAGGACAGUACAGAUCUUGUUAUAA